AUGGAGUCCGUUGAAGAAACUUCGGCUACACCUAUAAUUUCAAACAGUGGCAAAAAUUCAAAUGUACGAAUUCUCACUUUCAAUUUCUUUAUGCGACCUCCACUCGUUCGUAAUAAUGCAAGUGAUUAUAAAGAAGCACGUCUCGAAUAUUUUAUACAAAAAAUUUUGCCAAAUUAUGACAUCAUAUGUUUGCAAGAAAUGUUUCACUUUGGAAGUAGUAGAAGGAAUAGGCUAUUAGAGGCUGCAUUUAAAAUUGGUUUCAAAUUUUCAUGGGCUUCACCUGUCAAAAGUAUCUUGAGUGGUAGUAUUGAUGGUGGUUUAGUACUUUUAAGUAAAUUUCCCUUACAUGAACGCGAGGUUACCGUGUAUCCGAUAGGCUGCUAUAGUGAUAGGUUUUCAGAUAAAGGUGCGCUUUACGCUAAAAUUGCCAUAACGAAAAAUGAUUGUGUUCAUCUGUUUACAACACAUACCCAAGCAUCUUAUUCUUCUGCGCCACCGCCUAACGAGCAAUCCGUCGUAAUUCGGCAUCAGCAACUCGCGCACCUCCGAAAAUUUAUUGAUAAAUGUCUUGAUGCUGCUAGUAGAAAACCCGAAGAACUUGUUCUCUUGGUUGGAGAUUUAAAUGUGAAUGGGCGUCCACAAUUAGAUCCUCUGAAUCCAGCUAUCAUUCAAGAAGAUAGUGCUGAGUAUAAAUGUAUGAUUCGGAUUCUACGUGGUGAAGGGAUUGAAGCCAAUCUCGCAAAUCCAACGCUUGUCGACUUGGAAGAAUUGCGUUUUGUCGCGCCUACAGUAAUCAAUAUAAGAGAUAUUGUUCAAGAACGUUAUGGGCAACAUCCGGUCACAUUCGGUGACGUGUACGUUGAUUAUAAAGGAUAUACUUAUCCACGUGAAACAGUCUUAACUUCUAGUAGUGAUUGGAAGACAACUGCUAGUCUAGAUUAUGUGUUAAUAAUUGACGAGAAGAAUGAUGAGUUUACAUUGCAUAAAAGAAAUGUGGAAGUUGAAGUUCAGAAAACUAAAGUCGAAGAAUUUUUUGUUGAAAAAUCAUCAAAUCAUCCAUUUACACAACUUUCAGGCAGGUCUUUUAUCAUUACGGUGUGA